CCGCUCUGCCUCGAGAAAACCCGACCCAAAGAGGGAGAACGCUGAAAGAGUGAGGAUAGGUAGAAGAAAAUAGAGGAAAACAAGAAAUGGGGCUUCUGGUGGGAAGCCCGAGCCGGCUGCAGACGCCCCCUCCGCUACCCUUCUCCUCCUCUUCCUCAUCUUCUUCACUGUUCCCUUCGCAGAGAAAGCCCGCAACCAAAAGACUGGGUUAUGCUGUGUGCUGUGCGAGUGGUGAGAGUGACGUAGGUGCUGCCGCAGGUGCUUCCCGCAGAAGGGCGCUCCUCCUUGUGGGCAUCUCAGUUCUUCCCUUCCUGAAACUUGGAGCAAUGGCCGCUGAAGGUUUAAUGGUCGAUGGAUUUCAAACUGUGGUUCCUAGCAUAAGUGACGAAAUAAGACAGAAGAUUUAUAAAGUUCAGGCAAUAAGCUUUCGCCGACGAGCAAAGACAACCAAGCAGGUCUUCACUGAAGUAGAUAAAGACAAACAAGAUAUCGGAAAACCAAAUGAACAAGAUGUGAUAAUACCAGACAAACAAGACCUUGCUAUGCCAGAUAAACAAGUUGUCAUUAUGCCAGAUAAACAUGAUGUCAUACAGCCAGAGACACAAUUUCUUAAAGAUACUGUGCUUGAAGAUUCAUCUCAAGGGCCUAACCAAUUUGAGCAAGCACAUCUUCAAAAUGCACCAUCAAACUCGUUCAUUUCUUUCCUAAAUGAGCUUGGAGUAAUUGCUUCAGGUGUUCUUGGCGCACUGUAUGCAACAUCACAAAAGGAAAAGACAGUUACCGAAUCAACUGUGGAAUCUAUGAAACAUAAGCUGACUUCAAAGGAAGCAGCAAUGUCUUCAAUGAAGGAGAACUUUGAAAAAUUGCUACAGUGGGAACAAGAAGAGAAAAGGAAGCAAGUGAAAAAGUUUAAAGAAGAUGAAACCUCUUUGCUAAAUCAGCUGGCGUCAGCAAAUGGGACUACAGCAACUUUGCAUCAAGAGCUAAAAAAUGAGAGAAAACUAGUUGAGGAGCUUAAGGAACAAAUGGGUCAACUUGAGAGCAGUUUUUCACAAACUGCUGCUGAUAAAAAGCUACUUGACGCCAAAUUUAGAGAAAAGGUAGAUAGUUUUAAUGUACUACAAGAUAGAAUAAGCCUUCUUAACUUGGAGAUAAAUGACAAUGAGGAGGACAUUGAAAGCCUCAAAUUAUCCCUUUCUGAAAAUGAAUCAGAAUAUAAGAAAUUGGGCUCCAACGUGGAACACGUAAAAAAGGAGCUUGCUAUUGCAAAUUCAACUAUUAAACAGUUGAAAGAGGAGAUAAUUGGAGCUAAAGCUGAUUUAAGUUCAAAGGUAUCUUCAAUUGAUACUUUAAAUGAAAAAAUUCGGUUGUUAAACUCGGAAAAGGAUAAGUCCUUGCAAAGAGUUAAAUAUCUCAUGAAAGAUUAUAAUGAUUUGAAGUCGUCUUCUGAGAGAAAAGCAGCUCUUGAUGCUGAACUGUUAUCUAAGAAAGAUGAUCAACUUCAUCAUCUUGAAGAAAAGCUUGAGCUUGCAUUAGCUGAAGCAAGGAAAAAAAAUGCCGUUGUCGCUGAGCUGAGGAAAGAAAAGGAUGGUGUCAAAUCAUUACUGGAAAAAGAAGGUGUUAACAUGAAGAAAUUGAAAGAUGAUUUGCAGGCUACCCGAGAAGCAUUGGAAGCUUCUAAACUUGAAGUUUCCAUCGUGUCCAAGGAACUGGAUGAGGCUAAAGGUUCAUAUGAUAAUCUUAUGUGUGAGGUCUCAGAGAUGCAGGAUGGUUUCAAUGAAAUGGAGAAACUGUUAACUAGUAGUGUGGAAGAAGCUAAGUCUAGUUCAAAUUUACUCUCUGAUGAAUUAGUCUCAGUUAAGGAGGCCCUAAGAAGAACCAAAGAUGAACUUGAUAUCACAUCAAAAGAAUUGAAAGAUGUUGUUGCGGACCGUAAGAACUUAAAGGAGGAAUUGGUAGAAACGUACAAGAAACUGGAAGCCACCGUGCACGAGGUGACAGAAGAAAGAAAAUUGGUUUCCACUUUGAAUAGAGAGCUUGAGGUUUUGGGAAAACAAAUGCAAAGGGACUCAGAAGCACUAGGAGCUCUUGAAGCAGAUCUGGAUGAGGCUACAAAAUCACUUGAUGAGAUGAAUAAGAAUGCAUUAUUGCUCUCAAGAGAGCUAGAGAGCAGUAACACUCUAACUACUAGCCUGGAAGCAGAGAAAGAGAUGUUGUUCAAGUCUCUCUCAGAGCAAAAGAAUAUCACAAAGGAAGCUUGGGAAAACAUCAAAGACGCGCAGAACCUUAUUCUGCUGCUUGGCAGUGAGAGAGAGAGCGUAGAGAAGAGGACCAGGAAGCUUGAGGAGGAGCUAGCAUUUGCAAAAGGUGAGAUACUUCGAUUGAGGAGGCAGAUAAGUUUGGAAAAGGAAUCCGAUGAUCGCCUGCCGAAGACCACUGAAGUUGCAGCAGAAACUCCUAUUACAGUGAGGAAGACUAGUAGUAGGAGGAAAAAGGGAGGAUCCACCCGAGAAGUUUCUUAACUAACAAUGAAAUCUGGGAUUUGAAUCUCCUAUUAUUGCUUACAAUUUCUAGUUUGGAAUUUAGAUUCACGACAACGUGCGUAGGCCGUGUGUUAUUCGUCGAUCAAGUGUUCUCAGAGAUCUUUGUCUGAUUUGAAUCUGUGCCUGAGGCUUGAAUUUCCGCACGGAAUGAUGUAUAAAACAGAUACAGUCAUGAGAAGGUAACAUAAACCAAAUUUCGUGUAUGGAUGAAGCUCAAGCCAUGAAA